AUGGAAAGCCCCUGUGACCAGUCCUCCAUGGCCCUGAGCGACAUGAGUGUCACCAUAGUGCUGGCAGUAGUGGAGAACCUCUCUAGAGUUCUGAAGGCUCCUCCUGUCGCUCAAGUCUACUACUCCCGUUCCACUGGUGUCAGGAUGGUCCACUCACUCAACCGUAAGAUCCAGUGCCUAAGCAGCCCUGAGGACCUUAGGAGAGCUCUUUUCACCCAAAGUUCCACCUUGAUCAGCACCAUCAUUGAAGCUGUGAGCACCAAAGUCCAGAGGCUGUUUGAAGCUCCUGCUGACUACAUUCCAUUAAGCUCUAUCCGCAGCUGGCUAUCAGAGCCCAAGGCGAGCGAGGUUCGUCCAAAGUGCCCUGACCAGCUGGUAAUCUCCUCGGAGAUCCUGAGGAACAUCAUUGGUAUGAUAGUUUAUGUAGUCUUCGAAGGCCACCUAGAGGAAGACAUCAACCUUCAUUACUGGCCCCUCAUAAACGACAUAAUCCACCAGCUGUCACUGUGUGGGGUCAAAGUCACAAAGAAAGGGGGCAAGGCCAACUGGCACAUUGGCUGGUACCAGAUCCUUGAGAUGGUGACAAACAUCCAUACUCAUCUUCACCACUAUACUGGCACAGAGCUGGUACUAAAGUUUGCAACAUCUGCCAGGGCCACCAUGCUAACGAGGCACAUGGUUCACCAUGUGGUCGAGGAGCUGGUAAAGCUGAAGGACGUGGAUGAAGGGACACCAGCUUCAGGGAGCAGUGAGGCUUUGCCCCGGCACCAUGCAUAUUACCCCCAGGAAUUGCCACUGCAUCCUGCACCCCACCACCAGGCUUUGCCCCUCUAUCAUGCCCCCCACCACAAGGCUUUGCCCUUCUAUCCUGCCCCCCACCACCAGGCUUUGCCCCCCUGCCCCCACCACCCUGCCCCCACCACCAGGCUUUGCCCCUCUAUCCUAUCCCCCACCACCAGCCUUUGCCCUUCUAUGCUGCCCCCACCACCAGGCUUUGCCCCUCUAUCCUGCCCCCCACCACCAGGAUUUUCCCAGGUAUCAUGUCCCCCACCACCAGGCUUUGCCCCGACAUCAUGCCCCCCCACCACCAGGGUUUGCCCAGGCAUCCUGCCAGCCACCACCAGCCUUUGCCCUUGCAUUGUGCCCCCCCCCACCACCAGGAUUUUGCCCAGGCAUCCUGUCCCCCACCACCAGGCUUUGCCCCGGCAAAGGUGCCCCCACCACCAGGCUUUGCCCUUGCAUUGCCCCCCACCACCAGGCUUUGCCCAGGAAUCCUGCCCCCCACCACCAGGCUUUAACACCCAUCAUGCCCCCACCACCAGGCUUUCCCCGCCGUCAUGCCCCCCACCACCAGGCUUUCCCCCGGCGUCAUGCCACCCACCACUCACUAUCGCGGAUCAUAUCUGCACUCUAAUUCAGAGCAUCACUGCCAGAUCCAACAACAUCGUCAACAAGGAGUUGGAGAAGUGUAUCGACUCUUAUAGUAAGAGCAUCUGGGCUGACACUUUCUACUGUGAGUACAUGAAGAUGUACCCAUCACCCCAGGGGAUUGAAGCCUUCUCAUUUGAUGAGGAGAGAUUUUUAGUGGUGGCCAACAUAAUCGGCAGAAUAUUGCUGAACAACCUCCAGCUAGAGAUGCUCCUCUCAGUGGAAGACUUCAAUGUGGAUGAAGUAGGGAGCAGUGGGUCUGUGGACAUGAUCCGGGCAAUCCCAGAGACCCCUAACCCUGAUAAAGUGGUAGACAUCACAACACCCCUGACCACUAAUCCAGUCAACCUUGAGAUUUUGGAUGAAACACUUGUCCUUCAGUCAGGCUUUGCCACGGCACACUGCACCCCACCACCAGGCUUUUCCCUGGCAACCUGCACCUCGUCGCCAAGCUUUGCCGUUAAUGCCAUGCAGGGCUUUGGCACCAAAGUCAUCCUGAAACAAAUGGUCCUGCUAUUCUUGGAGAGGCUCCCUCCUUCGUCAGAGGACCUUGAGUCAGAGUUCCUGACUAUCACUGAUCGUAUCUGCACGCUGUUUCAAAGCAUCACUGCCAGAUUCCACAACAUUGUUAAUGAGGAGCUGGAGAACUGUACCGACUCUGACAGUAAGAAGUACUGGGCUUACACCUUCUACUGGGAGUACAUGAAGAGGUACCCAUCAUCCCAGUGCCUGGGGAUUGAAGCCUUCACAUGUGAUGAGGAGAGAUGUUUAGUGGUGGCCAAAAUGUUUGCAAAGAAGAUGUGUCCCAAGAUGCUCCCCUCAGCAGCAGACUUCGACGAGGCUGAAGAUUCAGGCAGCAAUGGAUCUGUGGACUUGAACCUGGCAAUCCCAGAGACCCCUAACCCUGUCAAAGUGGUAGACAUCACAACACCCCUGACCACUAAUCCAGUCAACCUUGAGGUUUUGGAUGAAACAGUUGUCCUUCAGUCAGGCUUUGAAACGGCACACUGCACCCCACCACCAGACCUUACCCCAGCACCCUGCAUUCCACCCCCAGGCUUUGCCCUGGCAACCUGCACCUCGUCGCCAAGCUUUGCCGCUAAUGCCAUGCAGGGCCUUGGCACGAUAGUCAUCCUGAAACAAAUGGUCCUGUUUUUCUUGGAGAGGCUCCCUCCUUCAUCAGAGGACCUUGAGUCAGAGUUCCUGACUAUCACUGAUCGUAUCUGCACGCUGUUUCAAAGCAUCACUGCCAGAUUCCGCAACAUCGUUAAUGAGGAGCUGGAGAAGUGUACCGACUCUGACAGUAAGAAGUACUGGGCUUACACCUUCUACUGGGAGUACAUGAAGAGGUACCCAUCAUCCCAGUGCCUGGGGAUUGAAGCCUUCACAUGUGAUGAGGAGAGAUGUUUAGUGGUGGCCAAAUUGUUUGCAAAGAAGAUGUGCCCCAAGAUGCUCCCCUCAGCAGCAGACUUCGACAAGGCUGAAGAUUCAGGCAGCAAUGGAUCUGUGGACUUAAACCUGGCAAUCCUAGAGACCCCUAACCCUGUCAAAGUGGUAGACAUCACAACACCCCUGACCACUAAUCCAGUCAACCUUGAGGUUUUGGAUGAAACACUUGUCCUUCAGUCAGGCUUUGCCCCGGCACCCUGCAUUCCACUUCCAGGUUUUUCCCCAGUACCCUGCAUUCUACCCCCAGGCUUUUCCCCAGGACCCUGCAUUCCACCCUCAGGCUUUGCCCUGACAUCCUGCACUGCAUCGCCAAGCUUCGCCACUAAUGCCAAGCCAGGCUUUGGCACGAAAAUCAUCCUGAAACAAAUGGUCCUGCUAUUCUUGGAGAGGCACCCUCCUGCAUCAGACGACCUUGAGUCAGAGUUCCUCACUAUCGCCGAUCGUAUCUGCACGCUGUUUCAAAGCAUCACUGACAGAUUCCGCAACAUCGUUAAUGAGGAGCUGGAGAAGUGUACCGACUCUGACAGUAAGAAGUACUGUGCUUACACCUUCUACUGGGAGUACAUGAAGAGGUACCCAUCAUCCCAGUGCCUGGGGAUUGAAGCCUUCACAUGUGAUGAGGAGCGAUGUUUAGUGGUGGCCAACUUGUUUGCAAAGAAAUUGUACCCCAAGAUGUUCCUCUCAGCAGCAGACGUCGACGAGGCUGAAGAUUCAGGGAGCAAUAGACCUGUGGACAUGAACCUGGCAAUCAACGUCAAAUUUGUCCCUAACCCUGUCAAGGUGUUGGAGUUGCUUCAACCCCUGUCACUGCCAGACAUCAAAAAGCCCUUGACCACUAUCCAUGACAAAGUGCUGGACAACACAACAACACCCCUGGUUGAUGCCCCAGUUAAGGUGGACAACAUCACAUCACCCCUGGUUGAUGCCCCAGUUAAGGUGGACAACAUCACAACACCCCUGGUUGAAGCCCCCGUUAAGGUGGACAACAUCACAACACCCCUGGCCACUAAUCCAGUCCACCUUAAGGUUACGGAUGAACCAGUUGAAUUCCAGUCAGAAGAUGUUGUGGUCAUUAAACCAAAGAAAAGCAGAGUUAUGAGAUUCUUCCGUCGACUUUUCUGCUGCAUAAACGAAGAUGAUUUGAUGGUGUGAACCUGACCAGCUUUUCAGAGGAUGACUUCAGCUCACACACAAACACACGGGGCGCACACACACACACAUACACACACACACACACACACACACACACACACACACACACACACACACACACACACACACACACACACACACACACACACACACACACACACACACACCACAGUUGUUGUUUAACAUGAGUUUCGCAUGUUAAAAAUUUCUCUAUAAUUUUCCCUCAUUAAAUAUUUUAUUAUGUCUUCAUUCAAUGACAACUUUUACUAUUUACAGUAGCAAUCGAUUUGUAUUGUUAUUUUUGUAUAUAUUUUUUUGUAUAUACGAAGAUGAUUUGAUGGUGUGAACCUGA